UCAAACCUCCGGCAAAGACGCGUUGUCCGAUGUCAGUUACAAUCUAGACACAACGCGAUUCUGACUUGUCUUUCUAUUUGAGAAUUCGAAUUCGUUUUGUGUAUUUUCUAUUUUGUUUAUUUUAAUUCACAUACGAAUAAAUAUAGAUACGUACGUAUCUGUACACUGUAUACACACACCACGCAAUCGUAAAUGUGUUCCGGGCGGUUUGUGCGCGAACAACAGUGACCGAGUGGCAGCACUCCCAUUUGGAUUUUGACAAAUAAAAAUGACAAACAGAAAAUUUAAGCUUUGCUUCCACUUUAAAUUGCUGCUCAUCGUAACCAUCCUAGCAACACUAUGCUCGUAUUCAAAUUCAGAAACAAUCCGAAGAAGACUGAGGCGGCCCACGGGCAACAAAUUGCAGCAGGAAACUACUGCAGUUUCAGAUUCAUCAGCGGCGGCCACCUCCACGGUUGUCGACAUGGAAACAUCGGCUUCGGUUAACAAGUUUAAGAUACGCAACCGUACUGCCACCAGGAAGUCGGGUACAGACGCUUCGACGGAAAAACACGUGACAACAGCGAAAGACAACCAGGACGAUGGCGGUUAUAAGAUUGUUUGCUACUAUACAAAUUGGUCACAAUAUAGACCGAAAACAGGAAAAUACUUACCCGAAGAUAUCGAUCCGGAAUUAUGUACUCACGUCAUAUUUGCCUUCGGGUGGUUGAAAAAAGGACGUUUAUCAUCAUUUGAAUCGAAUGACGAAAGCAAAGACGGAAAAGUUGGAUUAUACGACAGAAUAAAGAACCUAAAAAAAGCCAAUCCAAAGUUAAAAACUCUAUUAGCUUUAGGUGGUUGGUCAUUUGGCACACAGAAGUUUAAGGACAUGUCAGCUACUCGAUAUGCAAGGCAGACAUUUAUUUACAGUGCUAUACCUUUCCUCCGUGCUCGUAGCUUUGACGGUUUAGAUUUGGAUUGGGAAUACCCCAAAGGACAGGACGACAAAAAGAACUUUGUACAUUUAUUGAAAGAACUUAGAGAAGCAUUUGAAGCCGAAGCACAAGAAGUGAAGAAACCUCGUUUGUUAUUAACUGCUGCAGUCCCUGUUGGUCCUGAUAACAUCAAAGGUGGAUAUGACGUUCCGGCUGUUUCUUCAUAUUUGGACUUCAUAAACGUUAUGGCCUACGACUUUCACGGAAAAUGGGAAAGAGAAACUGGACAUAAUGCACCGUUAUACUCCCCAUCGUCUGAUUCCGAGUGGCGUAAACAAUUGAGCGUUGAUAAUGCCGCGAGUAUAUGGACCAAGAUGGGUGCACCUAAGGAUAAACUUAUAAUAGGUAUGCCGACAUAUGGCAGAACAUUCACUUUGUCCAAUACAGCAAACUAUAAAGUGAAUUCACCGGCAUCUGGUGGUGGCAAAGCUGGAGAGUAUACAAAAGAAGCAGGAUUUUUAGCUUACUACGAAAUUUGUGAAAUACUUAAGAAUGGUGCGACCUAUAUAUGGGACGAAGAAAUGAAAGUACCUUAUGCAAUUUCUGGAGAUCAAUGGAUUGGAUUUGAUGACGAGCGAUCCAUCAGAAAUAAAAUGAAAUGGAUUAAAGACAAUGGAUACGGAGGAGCUAUGGUAUGGACUGUAGAUAUGGAUGAUUUUACCGGUACUUUCUGUGGUGGAGAUGUUAAAUACCCAUUAAUUGGUGCCAUGAGAGAAGAGCUUAGAGGAAUAAAAAGAGGUAAAGAGGACAUUGAUUGGUCAAAAGUAGCUAACACUAUUAUAGCCGAAACCAUUACGAAGCCAACACCAAUCAAAAUAAGUGUCAGUGAAGUAUUAUCUAAGGUCAAACCUUCCAAAAUUCAAGCAUCUACUGCUAUACAGACCGACGUAGUUGACAUGAACGUGCGAGCACCUCAAGUUAUAUGUUAUAUGACUAGUUGGUCUAUUAAGAGACCCGGUGCUGGUAAAUUUACUCCAGAUAACAUCGAUUCUUCUUUAUGUACUCACGUAAUAUAUGCUUUCGGGUCAUUGAAAGACUUCAAACUAACAUAUGUUGACGAGAAAGAUACUGAUCAAUACAAAGAAAUGAUUGCUCUUCGCGAGAAAAAUGCUAAUCUUAAAGUGCUCUUAGCUAUUGGCGGUUGGGCAUUUGGAUCAACACCCUUUAAAGAACUGACUGGUAAUGUAUUCCGUAUGAACCAGUUUGUGUAUGAAGCCAUUGAGUUCCUCAGAGAACAUAAAUUUAAUGGUUUGGACGUUGACUGGGAAUAUCCUAGAGGACUAGAUGAUAAAGCAGCAUAUGUCAAUUUACUGAAAGAACUACGAUUAGCCUUCGAAGGAGAAUCGAAGAGCUCUGGUCUUCCAAGACUAUUAUUGACGGCAGCCGUACCAGCCAGUUUUGAAGCAAUUGCUGCUGGAUAUGAUGUUGUUGAAAUUUCAAAGUAUUUAGAUUUUAUUAAUGUGAUGACAUAUGAUUUUCACGGACAGUGGGAACGUCAAGUUGGACACAAUAGCCCUCUAUAUCCUUUAGAAAGUGCCACAAGCUACCAAAAGAAGCUUACUGUCGACUAUAGUGCCAGAGAAUGGGUGAAACAAGGUGCCCCCAAAGAAAAACUUAUGAUUGGAAUGCCGACUUACGGAAGGUCGUUUACAUUAGUUGAUCCGGCCAAGUUUGAUAUUGGAGCUCCUGCAUCUGGUGGUGGUACAGCUGGAAAAUACACUUCUGAAGCUGGUUUUAUGGCAUACUAUGAAGUGUGUGAUUUCUUACACGUGGAAAAUACUACACUUGUCUGGGACAAUGAGCAACAAGUGCCAUUUGCUUAUAGAAAAGAUCAGUGGAUUGGUUUUGACGACGAGAGAAGUCUUAAAACCAAGAUGAAUUGGUUGAAGGAAGAAGGAUUUGGUGGUGUUAUGAUAUGGUCUGUAGAUAUGGACGAUUAUCGUGGUGUAUGUGGUACUGGUAAAUAUCCAUUAAUUAAUGCCAUGAAACAAGAACUUGCAGGAUAUACUGUUAAAUUGGAAUACGAUGGACCAUAUGAAGCUACUGGAAGAAAUGCUGUUUAUACAACCAAAGACCCCACGUCCGUGACAUGCGAAGAAGAAGAUGGUCAUAUAUCUUAUCAUCCAGAUAAAGCUGACUGCACGAUGUAUUACAUGUGCGAAGGCGAAAGAAAACAUCACAUGCCAUGUCCAUCGAAUUUAGUGUUUAACCCGAAAGAAAAUGUUUGUGAUUGGCCAGAAAAUGUUGAGGGUUGUAUGCAACAUACCCCAGCCCCGCCGACGUCUAGACGAUAAGUGUGUCAUCAAGUCCCAAAUCAUUAUACUUAUUAUUAUUAUAUAUAUAUUUUUUUUUCUUGUAAAUAAUAAUACAGAAUAAUUGUUAUAUUAUUUUAUUUAUACCUACUUGACCCCAAAUUUAUUUUUUUUAUAUAUUUUUCAUUGCCAGUAUUAUUUUGGCUACGUUAGAAUUGAUAGACAUUUCAAU